ACUCUUCAACUAUCCAAACCAUCGGAUUGCAAAUGGAUUUUUGUAGACCGUACUCUGUUGUAAAUUGCGUUUUAUCGUUAUAAAUCUGACCUUUAUAUUAUUUAUUUUCAGUUUCAUGUACAUCUAUGAGAUGUAAAUGCCUUUCCCAAAACGAUGUUGUGAUUGCAUGUAGACAUUGUAAAUGUGGUGACGAAACUACAUUUCGAAGAAGAUCGAGUAGAAACUUUGGAACAUGCAUAUUCGGUUGUUAAUUAUACUUUGAUGAAAGUUUAAUGGGUAUCGUUGUGGCUGACUGGGGCCCAGUGUGGAGAGAACAGAGAAGGUUCACCCUGACGUCACUUCGUAACUUUGGUUUUGGAAAAGAGAACUUUGAAGGCGAAAUUCAGGAGGAAAUUCGUUACAUGUUGGCAGCUUUCAAAGAGAAGGAAGGAUCGUCGUUUAACUCUGAUCAUAUCGUAGAGAUCGCCGUAUCAAAUGUCGUCUGUAACUUCAACUUCGGACGGAGGUUCGAGUAUCAAGACCCCAAAUUCCAGCUUCUUGUGGAUAGCAUCUAUAGAUUCGCCGAGAUAGGAACGAACGCCGCAGCAGUCAACUUCUUUCCUUUUCUGAAGCAUCUUCCUAUUCCUGAAAUCCGAGAAGUGUUUGAGAUCGAUAAGGUGGUUCGUAGCUUCCUGGAGCGUAUGAUUGAAGAUCAUAAGGAGACAUUUGAUGAGACACGACAGAGAGAUUUCAUCGAUGCUUAUCUCCUGGAGAUCAAACGCAGACAAGAGGCACUGAAGAACGGGGAGAAAAUAAGCGAGGUGGAUGCAUCCUUCACGGAGACAUAUCUAUUUCACAUCUUAAAUGAUCUCAUCUUUGCUGGAACAGAGACGAUGAGUUCAACCAUUCGAUGGGCUAUUCUUUAUAUGAUAGUUCAGCCAGAAGUACAGAGGAAGGUCCAAGACGAGCUUGAUGCGGUUAUUGCAUCCGGGGAACUCCCGUCAUGGAGGAACAGGAACCGUACGCCUUACACAGAAGCUACACUCAUGGAGAUCCAAAGGAUGGCCAACAUCACUGCCCUAACCUUCCCACACAAGACUACAGAAGAUACAGACCUAGCAGGCUACAGUAUUCCCAAGGAUACGCAUGUCUUCAUCAAUCUGUAUUCAGUCCAUGUAGACCCAACCCUCUGGAAAGAACCUGAUAAGUUCAUGCCAGAAAGGUUUCUGAAUGAAGAUGGAACUGUCAUCCACAACCCGGCUCUCAUGCCCUUCUCUGCAGGUCGACGAGCAUGUCCAGGUGAGAAACUUGCAAGGAUGGAACUAUUUUUAUUCUUCUCAUCGAUGCUUAGAUACUUCACGCUCAUCCCCGCACCAGAGAACCCAAACCCGAGUAUCUACAAGAACUAUGGCAUCAGCUUAAACCCCAAACCAUACAAGAUCUGUGUAAUACAACGCCAGUGAACAAUUGAAACUGAUCCGAUCCAAGACCUGUUAGAUCUUGAGGAUCGAUGAUUUGUUGCCUUUGCUUCCAAAGGUUUUCGGCAACAUCCAUUCCUGUCAGAGACCUGCUUCACAUCUUGAUUGUGUAUAAGCUGUGAAUCUCAAAGGUUUUCAGCAACAUCGGGUUAUGUCCUGAACACUCAACGGAGUAUGACUGUGUCAAGGACCAGUAGGCUAUUUGGGUGUUGGAAAAAACACGAGAUUCACUUUUGAAUUGAGAGAAGGAAAAUAUUGAGAUUACAACUUUAUCCUGAUGACUAAGGAUGAGCUUGACUGACUCUGAUCAGUGGUGAAUCUGAUGAAAUCCUACCCGCUCUAAAAAAAAAUCAUGCAGGAUCCAUCGUGCGAUUUCGAAGAUGUGACGGUUUUAAGAUGUUACUUCAGUGGGACAUUUCUAAGUUCGAUGUAAUUUCUACAAAUAUGUGACGACGUAUUCAGUGAACGUAGCAUGGUGAUCUAUUUUCAAUGCAGCUCUUUUGGUUUGCAACUGACGAAGAUGGGCUUCUUGCCUCAUAUACUGAUGACAAUCUCUUUCAAACGAUACGAAAAAAUAUAUAUCUAUAGAUGUUAAUAAAUUUGAUAGAUGGAAUUGAGCAGCUGAUAGUUUGUUUAGAAAGAACAUAUCUUAUAUACGUUACAUAUGAUUCCUGUGUAAUAUUUUGUAAUUUAAAGUAAAUGCAUAUAAGUGAUGCUGUACAGUUUUAAAAUAUUUUCAUGUUUGUAGUUCUGACGAACACUCAAUAACGAUUCAGUCUAAUCAUUAAGGCUUUGAGUCACAUAUUGAGGAAUGAAGCAUUUAUUUUAUCCUGUUUUUUUUUAAUUCUUUUAAAAAUAUAACGACUUUUCUGACAUUAAUAUUGAAUAUUGGUAUUUGUUCAAAUGAUGAGAGAAAGAGAGAUAAGUGAUUUGAUGGUGUCAUUCUUCUACUCAGGUCCAACGUUGCUUAGCAACACUUUUGUUGUAUUUUCUAUCCUCUCAAAUGCAAUCAGUAAGAUCGUUUGAUGUUCAAUCCUUCACUGCAUGUACCGUUAUCAUGACUACUACUAUUUAUGCUAUAUUAUUUAUAUAAUGGUGUUUAAUUUAUUGAACAUGUGAUUAUUUAUGGAUGAUUUUUUUUUCAGUUUAAAGAUAUAUAUAAUGAUGCACUUACAUACGAGUUUUCAUCACGAAAGGUUGAGGUUCUUAAGUGGCUAAACCAUGCAGUGUUGCAGCACCGACGGGGUUUGGUGAUGUUACGUGAUCAAGGGUGGUGGAAUUGGAAAUGAAUUGGGCCUUUAUUCUACACAGUGCCUCGAUACUCAGUUUAAGAGUGAUAAGUACAACAAGCAAUAGUCAUUUCAAGCAGGUGCCUAUAAUUGUACAUAGUUUGUUGUCAUAAUUAAACAAAACAAGAUCAGUAUUGGAACUGUCAUUUUACAGAAUAGAUAAUAGAUUAUGUUAUAUUGUAUAAACAUAAUAAUAAAUGUUGCAAGGGAUGUCGAAUGUGGUCUAGUGGUAUAUAAGACGCCCCUUUUUCCACUUUGUAAUUACUGGAAUAACUUAAUCAAAGUAUAGGAGGGGUGCAUUAAUUUGCUAGUCAGCCUAUUUAUGCUGGCACGGUUUCCAAUUUUUGCUUAAUAAAGCUUUACUAAUUUUAGGAUUUUAGCUGAUUGCUUGUGGCUAUUCUCUAUCCGUGUUGCUGUUGAAUAUGUCCACCCACGUCACGAAUACUAAUGAUGGCUCAAGAUAAUUAUAAAACCAAUCGAAACAGCUAACGAGCGUGCUCUAGUGAAGACGAAAAGGUACUUGUGUCUAUGGUCGUACAUACAACCACGCAGGUUGUCGUCCUUAUGCCUCUAGACCUUCAAGGACGCAACUCUUGUAGCCUAUCCAUCGAGUUCAUGAUCUUGAGAAAAGAUUUAGUUUCUAUGACCAUCCAUUUAUACUCGUUCUAUAUAUACCAAACAAAGCUGUUUUUUCAAUAACUUGUGUAAUGCUUCUUUAUGAAUUUAUAUCGUAUUUUCUUUUUUAAUUAGAGACGUUGCAUAUAAAUUAUUAUGAUUCAUUGUCAUGGUGUAGUAUUAAAUCGAAAGAGAUACCUCAUUCUUCAA